GUUAACUUUCGCUGUUAUAGCCAUUUCUGCGCUCGAAGUCACCAUGUCGCAAUCUGGUCGAGAACAUACAGAUCAUCCUGGCCAGAGCCAAUCAACUAACCAUUCCCCACGGCGUUCAACACCACCUCCUCCGGUCACGAAUAUCACGAACUUCCUUCAAAAUCCAGAGUUUAUUCAAGGUUUAACCUCUCUGAUAGCUCGAGCCAUGCCCAGAAACUCGAGUACGGUGCCAUUAUCAACGCUGUUUGCCACCAAUCCAACGGAACAUCCAAAUCAUACUCGUCAUGACCCUGAAACGCAUGCAGCGACAUCCCAUGCUACUUCACAGCCACAUCAUACUUCUCCACGUCGAGAGGAGUUAACUCGUAUAACCGCUAACCCAGUAACAAAUAACCAGGCCCCGGAGGAACCCCCCGUACAGGAAAUGACUGCUGAAAGCCACUCUACUCAUCAUCAGCGAAUUCCGUCACGUCCUAGACCUACUUCACCGAUGCCUCAUGUUCGUGAAGAUUUAUGGCGUCAGAUUGAACGGAAUCGUAUCUCAAGACACAAUGCAGAGGAAAUUGAAAUUCUCCGUAAACGCUUGGCCGAACUCGAGACUCGACAGAAGUCACAAGAAGAUUCUCCCCGACAU